UAAUUACAUAAUAAUGCCCAGUAGCAAGAUGUUGAAGAUUGUAGCAGUCUUAGGAUUGCUGUUAGUGGUCAGCGCUGACAAUGAAAUGUUAGCUCCACCCAGCGCUGCUGUUGUUUCGCAAGAGGAUAAGUUGAGCAAGGUUGUCCUGCCCAAGAUGGAAAAUAAUGGUCUCCUUCAGUCGGUAGACGCAUCAAAAUGUUUGGACAAGAAAAUAUACAAGGAUCAAGACACACUUUUGAAAGUCAAAGAAGAAAAGGAUUAUCUAUGUGCUUUCAUCGCCUUCCAAGCUAACAAAGAUGUCGAGGAUGGAGUGGGAUUAUACACCAGCCGGGAUGAAUCGACUGACAGAUACAAAAUUUUCAAAGAAACCGUUAAGAUGGUAAACGACAUCAACAGUCAGAAUCUGUCUUACACUACUGAGGUAAACAAGUUUGCUGAUAUGACAGAGGCAGAGAGAGCCCAAAGGCUUGGUUUUGGACCCAUCCCCGGAUCUCCAGGAGGUGCCAAGCUAGGCUCUUCUGGAGGCCUUGGAAGUUCAGGAGGUUUCGGAAGCGGCUUUGGUAGCCCUCCUGGUGACAACGCUGGCCCCCCAUCAGGCGGACGAGGCCGGGGCCGGGGCCUCGGUAUGGGAGCUCCUCCUCGUCAGGCUCACUAAGUCGUGGAAACUGGAUGCAGCUACUCAGGGACACUUCAAACAAUAACACACCCUCAAACUAGGGCUUGAAGUUCAUUUUAAUUUUGGGUUUUGAUUAAUGAUAAGAUAUGAUUAUGAAUAGUGGAAAAAAAUAAAAUGGUAAAAAGUAUUCUCAACUAUAUGAUAUGCGCGAUUCUUUUUCAUUGGUUAGUUUUUUGAUUUGUCAUAAUUGCAAUAAUUAUCAUUGAUUGUGAAUAACUCAUCGCAUGUCAUUUAUUUUAACCAUAGUAUUUGAUUACAGUUAUUUUCAUACAAUGUCAGUUUUGGGACUUAUUUAAAAAUUUACAAUUUUAUUUAAUUAUAACAUAUUACGUGGUUGCUUCAUGAUAUUUUCCUUAAUCAGUUGUAAAAUUAAUUGAUAGAACAUCACUAAAAGCAUUUUUCAAUGAAAAAUGUAUUUUUAUUCAAGUUCUUCGUACCACGUAACAUAAAUUCUAAAAUGAUUAUAUAUAUAAUAUUUCCAAGGAAGAGUGCGAUACAAAUUUGUGUGAAAUAAUGAAAACUACUGUAACCUGUUCA